CGGCUGACCGCGUCCCUGAGCGCCCGCCGCUCCGCCCGCCUCCCGCACCGCUCCGCGCCCGGCCGCAGCCAUGUCGGGCGACGAGAUGAUUUUUGAUCCCACUAUGAGCAAGAAGAAGAAGAAAAAGAAGAAGCCUUUUAUGUUGGAUGAGGAAGGAGGGGAUACACAAGCGGAAGAGACUCAGCAAUCGGAAACAAAAGAAGUUGAACCAGAGCCAACAGAAGACAAAGAUGUUGAAGCAGAUGAAGAAGACAGCAGGAAGAAAGAUGCAACAGAUGACCUGGAUGAUUUAAACUUCUUCAAUCAAAAGAAAAAGAAGAAAAAAACAAAAAAGAUAUUUGAUAUAGAUGAAGCGGAAGAAGGUGUAAAGGACUUGAAAAUUGAAGGAGAUGUGCCAGAGGCAGUAGAACCUGAAGAUGACCUUGAUAUCAUGCUGGGCAAUAAAAAGAAGAAAAAGAAGAAUGUGAAGUUCCCAGAUGAAGAUGAGAUAAUGGAGAAGGAUGAAGCUUUUGAGGAUGAAGAUAGCAAAAAAGAUGAUGGAAUUUCUUUUAGCCUUCAGUCAGGACCUGCGUGGGCAGGCUCAGAAAGGGACUACACUUAUGAUGAGUUGCUCAAUAGAGUAUUUAACAUCAUGCGGGAAAAAAAUCCAGAUAUGGUAGCUGGAGAAAAACGAAAAUUUGUCAUGAAGCCUCCGCAGGUUGUAAGAGUAGGGACCAAGAAAACAUCUUUUGUCAACUUUACAGAUAUCUGCAAAUUAUUACAUCGUCAGCCAAAACAUCUUCUGGCAUUUUUGUUGGCAGAAUUGGGUACAAGUGGCUCAAUAGAUGGUAACAACCAACUUGUAAUCAAAGGAAGAUUCCAGCAAAAACAGAUAGAAAAUGUCUUGAGAAGAUAUAUCAAGGAGUAUGUCACCUGUCACACAUGUCGGUCACCAGAUACAAUCCUACAGAAGGACACCAGAUUAUAUUUCUUGCAGUGUGAGACCUGCCACUCUCGCUGCUCCGUCGCCAGCAUCAAAACUGGUUUCCAGGCUGUCACAGGCAAGAGAGCACAGCUCCGUGCCAAAGCUAACUAGUUUGCUAAUCAACACUGGAUUUUGCAAAGUGUUCUGGGGAGAUAUGACUGGACAGGUUUACAAUCGGAAUGGAUUUACCAUUGUAUUAAAACAAGAUUGUAAAAACUACAAGAAAUUUGGCUUUUGAUUGAUUGGUCUGUGAAAUCCUUGCAAGAUGCAGAUCCUCAAGCUGUUCACAUACAUUUGCUCAUUGAAUAUAUUUUACCAACUGUAAGGAACGUGAUGGGAAAGGAGGUGCUUUUUAAUCCAUUCAGACUUCUGUAAAACAAGAUAAAUUAAAGAUACUAUAACAGUGA